GGCUCAGCUCCCCGCUAUAAGAGGCCUCCCCGGGCCGCCCUGCCAGCUCCGCCGUCCGCCCGUCGCCGCCGACAAACCGGCCCCGCCGCCGCCACCGCCGCUAAGACCGGCCACGGCACCCGCCGCCCCAGGUGAUGGUGUAGCAGCCGCUGCUCCCGGCAGCAGCACCCCGAGCGCGCAAAGCUGGCUCCCUGCGCCAUGGUCACCCACAGCAAGUUCCCCGCCGCCGGGAUGAGCCGCCCCCUGGACACCAGCCUGCGCCUCAAGACGUUCAGCUCCAAGAGCGAGUACCAGCUGGUGGUGAACACCGUGCGCAAGCUGCAGGAGAGCGGCUUCUACUGGAGCACGGUGACGGGCGGCGAGGCCAACCUGCUGCUGAGCACCGAGCCGGCCGGCACCUUCCUCAUCAGGGACAGCUCGGACCAACGGCACUUCUUCACCCUCAGCGUCAAGACGGAGUCGGGCACCAAGAACCUGCGCAUCCAGUGCGAGGGCGGCAGCUUCUCCCUGCAGAGCGACCCCCGCAGCAGCCAGCCCGUGCCCCGCUUCGACUGCGUGCUCAAGCUGGUACAUCACUACAUGCCGCCCUCCCCUUGCGCCGUCCCCGAGCAGCCUGGGGGGGCCCUGCACCCCAAACGCACCUACUACAUCUACUCGGGGGGCGAGAAGAUCCCCCUGGUGCUGAGCCGCCCGCUCUCCUCCAGCGUCUCCACCCUGCAGCACCUCUGCCGCAAGACCGUCAAUGGGCACCUGGACUCCUACGAGAAGAUGACUCAGCUGCCGGCUCCCAUCAAGGAGUUCCUGGACCAGUACGAUGCCCCCCUCUAAGGGGCUGUGGUGGAACGAGGUCACACGCUACAAGCACAAGAAGCAGGGGACAGGCACAACGCCCCACCGACGUGGGGACUCGCGGGGCACGCCGAGCCUCUCCCUCUGGGAAGGAGAGGAGUGGGACUGGGCAAGCCACGGUGGGCUCAGGGCUGUGGGCAGCACAGCCUGGCGCCCCUUGUGCUGGGGGACCCCCCCGGAGGAAGCGUGACACCCCCUUUCCAUGGGGAAGGAGGCUGCUCCGGUGGGACGGUGGAUGUUACAAGCGUGCCCAAGGAGAGCGGCUGAGGAGAGCCCCUCAGCAAAGCCCCCGUGGGGCUCGGGCAGCCAGGAUGGCACCCGUGGCACGGGGGGGACAUCCCUCUCCACAGCCACAUCCCCACCACCACGGCGGGACCACACCAGGGGGGUGUCCUGGCGAGAACCCCCUUCUGCCACCAGAGAACGGAAAGCACUGGAGUCCAGUGAGUGCCUGAUCGCUUUUCCUCGGUUUUAAGGGGAAAGUGUUUUUUGCCCGUACUGUACUUUACCUCUUGCUGCCUCCUUGUGGGUGGAAGCUCCUUUCACACCAGGCCCCAGACUUGGAGGUUGCUGCCUUUUUUCCCCCCCCCCCACCUUGUUGCUAUUUUCCGGGGGACUAAAGCCUUAAUAUUCUCCCUGCCCCACGGUCUGGGUUACUGCACAUCGUUUGGUGACACUGCGCCUUAACGGUCCCGGUGAACGUCCCGCGAUGCCAGAGAGGAAACAGCAUGUCCUGACGCUGCUGAGAGUCCCACGAGACCCCUGGGGACCCGGUGCUGCCGCUGGACCGUUACUCCCGAGUGUCGCACCCCACCUCUGCCCGGCUGCUCCCCCCAGACCCUGGACACACCGCUCCAGGGGCACUAAUUCCCACAGGAACGUGGCAGGAGCAUCCCCUGGAGCGUGUCAUCUGUCUUCUGUGUCCACCUGGAGAAGCGGUUGGGUUUUUCUGGCUUUUUUUUUUUUUUUUAUGGUGUU